AUGCCUGAUCCCAUCAAUGAUGCAUUCGAGAGAGCGAAACGCGAAUUCAAGGACGAAUUGAACGAUGAGGAGCUGUACCGUGAGAUACUACAGACAACGUCCAUUGACCAAGUCUACGAUGCGACAGAUAAGCUCCAGGCGGAACAGCUAAAGACGGGUCACCUACGCCACCUAGCCAAAAUCGAGCCCUACCUUGUUCGCCUAAGCGACUACUCCAAAGCAGUAGAGACUUUUGUUCAGGUCAAACCAGACAUUUUGGCCUUGAUAUGGGGCCCGAUUGUAUUGCUAUUGCAAUGGGCCAGCGCACUGAAGACGUCGUUCGACGCAAUCAUAAACACGACAGAGGAAAUUGGGCUCGCAUUGCCAGAAUUCCAGCAGGCCGGGCAGCUCUUUGGGGACAAGGAACAAGUCAAGGAUGUGCUGCUGCUUUUCUUCCAUGACAUACUUGAGUUUUAUCGCUUGGCUUUUCGUUUCUUUCGACUUACACGUUGGAAAUAUCUCUUCGAAUCGCUAUGGCCAAAGCACCGCGAUAAAAUAAAGAAACUAGUUUCCAUAAUCGAGCGGCAUAGGCUCAUGAUGCGAGAUAAAGUCCUUUUCGAACACAUCUUGCAGGAACAUGAGGCCCGACGCCGUGAUCUCGACUACUACGAGGCCAAGGAGAAUGACGAACGACGGAAGGAGUACAACACAAUCAUGACAAGAAUAGCUCCUCAAAAGUAUCACACCAAACUCAGCACUGUCCGCAGCCAAGUAUGCAAAGGAAGCGGGGACUGGCUGCUAAGGGACUCAACCUUUGCCACCUGGUUAGACCCUGCUGAUAAGACCAGCAGGCUCUUAUGGCUUCAAGGCAUCCCGGGUGCAGGCAAAACAUCAUUGUCAACUGUCAUCGUAGACAAGACAAGGACUCUUGGUCGAGUCGCUUUUGCGUUCGUGAGCUAUACCGCAUCUGAAACGACGUCUGCAUUGUCCAUCAUCCACUCCCUGAUAUUUCAAGUGGUGGCAGACGAUCCGGAUUUACAGACAAUACUCUGUGAAAGUAGCCGAGAGAACUUUGAGGAUAGCCAUGAUGCAGCACUCGAAAUCUGGAACUCGAUCCUUUUGGCAUGUUCGGGGCCUGUAUAUGUCAUUAUUGACGGGUUAGAUGAGAUUGAUGAGCUUCAUCGUGACGAAUUUACUGAAGACAUCCUGAAAUCCUUGGAGGCUUGCGACAACUUGAUGGUAUGUUUGAGUAGUAGGCCUGAAAGUGACCUGCAGAAUUUGUUGGGCCGAAAAUCAGCAAACAUUCGAGUCAAUGAAAGAAACACCGAAAGCAUUGCACAAUUCGUUCACUAUUGGACGAAAGAUUGGUUCCGAAGAUGUGGCAUAUAUGAUGAAUCAAGGAAGCACAUUGAGGGAUGGCUCGCGCCACUGGCAAUCAAAGCCAAAGGCAUGUUUCUGUACGUCAAGGUUGUUUUGGAAAGCAUUGAGUAUAUGGACAACAUGGUACAAAUUGGCAAGGAACUUCAAGUUCUCCCUGAGAACCUGGACGCUGCUUAUGCUAGAGUUCUUGGGCGCAUCAAUAGUUCACCAGCCUUUACGAGAGAAAAGGCAAGAAAUCUCCUUGGCUGGAUUGCCUGCUCUCCUGUUGCAAUGAGAGUGCAAGAGAUCCAGCAAGCGCUCUCUAUCAACUUGGCCGACAGAGAUGGAUACAGUCAACCUUUCGGCAGACUUGAUGUCCGAAGGCUUUGUGGACCCAUUGUGGAUGUUGCCGAUGACUAUGUUCAAUUUGUUCAUUUCACGGUCAAAGAAUAUUUAUUCAGUCCAAAAAUAGAAGGCUUCAUCAACGUUCAAGAUUCCACAUUGAGCCUGACACUCAAAUGUAUCGCGUAUCUUUGUCAAAGUCAUCACGACUCCAAGCUACCUACUGAGUCCAUCUCCAAAGGGGUGCUUGCAGGAAUUUAUGUCUUACAUGAUUACGCGGUUUCGAAUUGGCUGCGACUCAUAGAGCAAUACCUUCAACAGGGCUCAAAACGUUCAGUCCCAGAUAUCCUGGCAUCUUUUCUGGAAAGACUGAUCUCUGAAAGAAUCAAUGACAACUACGAAGGAGAAAACAACGAUCGAAUGGAGGUGAAAUUAGGAGACAUGCGUGAAAAGCUACCAGAUAUCUACGCAACAUUGUCCGACGUGGCCCACUUUCGUCACAUCUGUUCAUCAUCGCAGCACCGCAUUGAACGAGGGGCAACAUGGACAAGAGGCGACCCUUUGACGCUCUCUGAAACUUUGGUUUCGAUUCGCAAUGCGAUUGACUCGUCGCUCAAAUGUGACAUCGCGAUAAUUGAACAUAAUCAGGGCUGUCCUUGCAGCCUCGUUCGAAGACAUUACGGAGAGAAACCUUACAAGUGUCGUUUCACGCAUUGCACCUUUCGAUACGAGGGUUUCGCAAGCCAGAAUGAGCGGCGCUACCACGAACGCAACCACGACCGUCCAUGGAAAUGCAACAUCCCAACCUGCGAGUAUGCAGAGGGUGGCUUCCUCUCUAGAAAAAUGCGAGACAACCACCUGGAUCAAUUUCAUCAGGCAAAAAAGGACAGUACACAUGACUUGUCCAUUGAUCAAAUCGAUAGGGCGGAGUUAGAGCUCAUGUGGGCCGACUUGAUCAAAGCGAAUGACUCCGAUGCCGCAGAGUCUCUGCGAGAAACUUUCAAAAAACUGAAACCAGAUACUGCAAAGUCGCUCUCUAGACUAGCUGUCAAUAUCGGAACAUCGAAAUUCCUUGAAAGUUUCUUGAGAAUUCAGAAUAAUCGCGAUCCGGACUUCGAUAACCCCAUUCGUGUAAUGCUAAAGGAAGCUGCCAAGAACAGAAAUGCCGAGAGCUUCAAGAUUGUUCUCAAUGCGGCCACCCAAAUCCGGCUCACCAAAGAAACGCACGAGAUAUGCUGCCAUGCGCUCGGCGAAGUCCUAGAAUCGGAGUCCAUUGAGAUUUACGAAGCUUUUGAAACGGCUGCGCAUUUCGAAAAGGAUGUCUUGUCAUCGUUGAAAACAACCUCGAGAAACUAUGCCUUUACUAAUUUUACUUCUUACGGGAUGAACAUUUGCAGGGAGAAUCAGCGGCGGCAACGACUUCUUUUGAGACUCUGGAGGAGUGUAGAUUUGAUUGGAAAUCUCGAUGCAAACGAUCUGAAUGCUACCUUAGGGAAGGUUGCCAAACGGUGUCAAUCUGUGCUACUCGCUGAAUACCUUUUACAAGGCGGGGCUGAUGUGAAUUACCAAGCGCUGCCAACCUCCCUAACAUAUCUUCAUCGGGUAGCCAAACUUUCAUCAGCAGAGGCAGCCAACUUCAUGCGACUUCUUCUGCUAAAUGGGGCCGAUCCAGAGAAAACAAGCUCAACAGCAAAAUUACCAGUCAGAGACGAGAAAGGCGCAAAGCAGAUAUCCAAAUGGAUAGGGAUAUCGUGGGAUGAGCUGGUAGAACAAAGCAAGGCGGCACGAACUUCAAGUCAGGAAAUUGCACAAUAG